AUGCGGCGUCCUGUCAACAACGACGGAGACCUCAAGUUUCCUAUGCUGGUGGAUCAGAAUCAUCAAGACGCUCGAAGAGAUCAGCCAUCAAGAUUAUUGCCAGCUCCAAGGCGGCGCUCGCUUGUCGUCGUUGUGGAGAAUGAGAAUAAUUCCCUUUAUCAUCGGCUGCCAUCCAACCGGAACCGAAUGGUUGAUCCGCAGGAUAUUCGUGAUAUUCUACAGUCAGAGUAUAGAUCAUCUACAGCAAGGAUUCGUGGGCGUUCUGAAAAUCCUCCUCGUCCUCCUCCUCCUCAUGAAGUCCAAAACAUCAACGAUUCGUCAGAGGAUUCUUCUCAAGAGGGAUCGAACGACGAACCGAGAAGGUCAGAAAAAGCUUCAACGAGUAUAUCGAAGAAUUAA